GAAGAAAAAUAAAUAAAUAAAAUAAAAUAAAAAAAUGUAGACCAUAAAAGAAGAAGCAUGGCUGCAAAUGCAAAAAGGGUUAUCAACAAAAUCCCUGAUAAAGAAGUCAAUGGUUCAUGAUAAUAUGGAGAGAGAGAGAGAGAGAGAGAGAGAGAGAGAGAGAGAGAGAGAGAGAGAGAGAGAGAGAGAGAGAGAGAGAGAGAGAGAGAGAGAGAGAGAGAGAGAGAAUCAAAAUAAAUCGAUAUUGAUUCUUGAUGAUGGAAAACGACAAGCUGCGAAUUCUAACAGAGAAAACAUGGGAUUUGCAUUGCAAAAUCAACGACAGAAUAACCAAUAAUCAAACCCGGUUCAGUACUAGUUUGUGCAGCCACUGCUCGAAUCAUGGCAGAUACUGCGUGGUGAUGACGUCAGCAGAUGAGGAGAUGAAUAAGAAGAUGGUUGUGUUAAGGGAUUCUGUCAAAGAUGUUCACACCAUUCUUUUAUUCUUACAGAGGGUAAAAUCAGGUGAGAAGAAGAAAAUGGAAGAAGCUUUAGGGCGAUUGGAGGAGAGCAGAAAUAUAGUUAGAGAGAUAAUAAAUGAGUACAAGGGGAGACUGAAUAAUAAUAAUAAUAAUAAUAAUAAUAAUAAUAAUAAUAAUAAUAAUAAUAUUCUUGAUGAGAUUAUUUCAUUUCUGGGAGAUGAUCAGAAUUUCAAAUUUAAUAAUAUAUUGGAUAAGAAGAUUAUUAGUGAACAGCAGCAGAAGAAGAAGGAGAAGAAGAAUUUGAAUGGGAUUAUUAGUGAUUUAAUAAUAAAUAGUGUGAGAUUUGGUGUGGAAUUUGGUGUGAUGUUUGUAAGUAUUUAUGCAGGUGUUAAAUUGUAUGAAAAUAGGAAGCAUAAUCAUAUGUUAGUGAGAGAAGUGGUUGUUGCAUCACACAACAUUCAGUUAGAUGUUUUAUGUGGGAGGGGCUGAUUUUUUUUGUUACAAAUAAUUUGUCCAAGAUUUUUUAAUUAAUUCAUUGUAUAUUUCCGAUCCAUAAGUCCAGAAACAUCAUUUAUUUCUUUUUGCAAUGGAAGGCGACUUGAUGCUUC